AUGUCCUUUACUAACAAAGAGCAACGGAUGAGCACGGAUAGUAUAAACGAUGACUCUGGCUCCCACACCAUACUGCCUCCAUUUGAAUCAAAGCAACCGUUUCCCCCUCUCUCAGCAGAUGAUCUAGCAAUCACCUCUCAAGAUGCGCCAGAUACCAGCUUUACGGAAGACGAUCCAGACAUAACGUCACCAGACAUUGAGGAGGACGAUUACGAUGCGAACUUUCAAUCACAAUAUUCUCUAGACGAUCAAUUGUUGUCUGAUGCGUCUACAGACGAAUCGGACGGACAAUCGCCGGAAGACGAUGGCAUCGAGAUACACCCAUUUCGUCAUUCUUCAAGUUCACUUCACGGUCCCAAUGCAUUCGCUCCCCCUUUCUACAAUAGGCCACCGACGCCUCUGCCGCCCUCUCCUUCUCUGACCUCUCUUCUGCGACCUCCUUUCUCCACAACCACUUCCCGGCCAACUACCCCUGACAGUUCUGAUGUCGAAACACCGAACGAUACAGAAGCAGCGGUUGCGAAGUCCGCACGUCGCGCGACGACUGUUCCUCGAGCAAGUCCGAAGGUCCCCACAUAUGAGUAUUACGGUUUCGUUCUCUAUCUUGCCUCUUCAUUGGCAUUUUUGUUAUACAUUCUCUGGUCCUAUCUCCCAAAACCAUUUUUACACCAACUUGGAAUAACCUACUAUCCGACUCGAUGGUGGUCACUAGCGAUUCCCGCGUGGCUCGUCAUGACCAUUGUCUACAUCUACAUUGCGCUCGCCUCGUAUAAUACCGGAUACAUGACGCUACCGAUGAACAGCGUUGAGAACAUUGUGGAUGAAGUGGCGAAUGUUGCUGUGAUAGAUGGUAAGGGUAGAAGACGACCUGGCGGUGCAGCCAAGAUGAAGCCGGGUGCAACUUCAUACCAAAUCAUGGGCCCGCAGAAUAGAAAAGUUAACUGGAGGGAAAUCUGGAGUGAGGGCACUGAUGCCGUCUUGGAUGUCCCUGUGGGAGGGGUAUGCGAAGUGCUAUACGGCCAAGGACGAGAUGAUGAUGAGGUAUGCGAGGAAUAUGACUUCAUUAGUUGA